CAUCACUUUCACUCGUUUUUUAGCUGGAUAACACAUCAUGUCGUCAUUCAUUCACCAUACCAAUUACCAACAUGCAUGUCAGUUGACGAGACUUAAUUGUUUUUUCUCUUUUUUUUCCACGAACGGAGCUGAUAUUUCAUUUCUUUCCCCGAUACUGGUUUCGCUUGAGCACUUAGCACCAUACAGAAUGCCUUCCGAAAAUGCACAAGUGAAAACAUUAUGUAGUUUGUAGAUAGUCGACUGGAGUUACUGAGGUUGGUCAUCAUUAUAUCCGUGCUUGACUUCUCGGGUCUGGUUGCUGUCCCGAAGGCGCUGCGUUUGAGUGUAAUGGAGGAAACGUUCAAUUCGGGUAACUUUAGCAUCGAAUGACGCAAAAAACACCCACUAUGGCCUCGGUGCUGAAUGACCCCAGCAUGGAGAGACUGUUCAAGGGCCACAAGGACGCCGUCACCUGCGUGCAUUUCAGUCCAAACUCCAAACUACUUGCAUCGGGCUCCGUUGAUAACAGCCUGAUGAUCUGGAACCUGUCGGCUAAGGGGAGGUCCUUGCGCUUCGUCAACCAUCAAGACACCGUCACUGCCGUGCAGUUCUGCCCUGUGGGUAACCUGGUGGCGACCUCAUCCAAGGACAGGAUGGUGCGACUGUGGAAGCCGUCCAUGAAAGGGGAGUCGACGGUGUUCAAGGCGCACACGGCCGCGGUGCGCAGCGUGGCGUUCUCCCAAGAUGGCGCGCGGCUAGUGACAGCGUCGGACGAUAAAUCGGUGAAAGUUUGGAGCGUCUGCAGACGAUGCUUCCUCUACUCGCUCAACCAGCACACUAACUGGGUGCGCUGCGCCAGGUUUUCACCAGACGGUCGCCUCAUAGUGUCUUGCGGGGACGACCGCACUGUCAGGUUAUGGGACACGUCCAGCAAAAACUGCAUCAACUGCUUCACAGACUACUACGGAUCUGCGACAUAUGUGGACUUUAACUCGAGAGGCACCUGUAUCGCAUCGUCGGGGGCAGAUAGCGCCCUUAAAAUCUGGGACAUACGCACCAAUAAGCUCAUCCAGCAUUAUCAAGUCCACAGCGCUGGUGUCAACAGCUUCUCCUUCCACCCGUCCGAUAACUACCUGAUCAGUAGCUCCAGCGACGGCACCAUCAAGAUCCUGGACCUGUUGGAGGGACGCCUUAUAUACACGCUGCAUGGACACAAGGGCGCCGUCCUCACUGUGGCCUUUUCCACGGCUGGAGAGCUCUUUGCUUCUGGGGGCCUCGAUUCUCAGGUGAUGUUGUGGAAGACCAACUUUGACACCAAAUCCUACCGGGAGGUUCUGGAGCAGCACAGCCAGCGGGCCGUCCUCAAGCCGCCACCCCACCUGACCGAUAUCCAUCCCCGGGUGCCCCACCCUCACCUGACCCACCCCCCGGACAUUGAGGGGCUUUUUGUUGGUCCGGGGUUGACGGACACACACUCAGCGGAGCCAGACAUCGUCGAGCUCCGAGAAGCUAGUCACCGAAAAGCCAGUCACCGAGAAGCUAAUCACCGAGAAGCUAGUCACAGAGAAGCUAGUCACCGAGAAGCUAGUCACCAAGACGCGCGCCAGGUCGCCGAUGACCACCACGCUGAUGACGGACACGCCCGUGACAGUUCGUCUUCUGUCGCGACGGAGGAUGAAGGUUGGACGAGGGAUGAUAGCGGCAGGGAGGGAAGUCAAAGGAAGCGGCGAGGAGACAACAGCAGGAAGAGGCGGGACAAGGAUUUUAGGACAUGGCAAGAGGAUAACAGCACAAAAUGGUGGCCGGAAGACGGCGAAACGGCACAUCCGAUGGACCUGUCGGAGGCAACGUCGGGGCACCCGCCUGUUCUGAACUCCAUCCUGCAGCACAUGGUCAAACAGCUAGGCGUCCUCACGGAGACUGUUUCUGUGCUGGAGGAGCGUCUCAGCCUGACAGAAAACAAAGUUCAGGAGUGUCUCGCCCACACACGUGUUGGAGGGCCACCCGAUAGCUCACCGGACCACCUCACAUGAGCCGCUGUGAAAAACCAAGUGCAGCAAAUUAACUCGGAGCUUGCCAUCAUUCCGGGAGGCUUGACGAAGGAACUCCAA